AUGCAAGGAAUGAUGGGUUUUCUGUCUUUAUCAUCUUGUCUUCUUCUUCUUCUUGUUCGUCAUCUUGUUAUUAUCACUCUGUGUGAUGAUGAUGAAGUGGCAUCCAUGGCAAUUUCCCCAGAGAAACGCUAUAUAUCUGUUCUUGGAGACCCAGGAAUGCAGAACCCAAAUGCCAGAUUUGCAUUGGAAGCUUGGAAUUUCUGCAAUGAAGUUGGCAUGGAAGCACCAAACAUGGGGAGUCCCAGGUUGGCUGACUGUGCUGAUUUGGGAUGCCCAUAUAUCACAGGUGUACAAAUUCUUCAAUUUGUUCUGGACUCAUCAUAUGCACGAGUGUAA